AAGGAAGGACUGAUACAAAGCCAGUGCGUCCGAGCAGAAGAGAAAGCGGGGAAGGAGGGAGGGAGGGCAGAGGGAAUAAAUGCAAAAAAGACCGGCAGAGAAAAAAGGGUGAAAAAGAUGCACAAGAGCUGCAUCAGUUCUCGUCCGCAAGGAACAAAAAACAUUGUGUUCGUGAAUGGGAGCUGGUGAGCUCAGGCACAAGGCGAGUGCAAUGAGAAACCAGGCAGACUUCAGUCUCUGGUGUUGCUGAGCACCAAUCCACUCUCCCUCUGUCUCUCUCUUACUGCCAGCUAGGACUGAGCCUUGUGUGCGACGUGGAGACGCCUCUGGUUGCUGCUUCCAGGGCUGCUCCCCUCCCUGUUGUCUCUGGCUGUGUUUGGACUAUGGUCCUGACUGAGAAGCAGAACAUCACCCAGAUGCGGUGCUACGACUGUAUGGGAAGUUAAGCCUGUAAACACCAGCAUGGGAGCCAAACAGAUGAAAUGCCUCAGCUCAGCCAGCCCUGCACACUCCCCCAAAGAGGAGUAUGUUAUCACCCAGUGCGCUGACACCCCUAAAGAAGAAAAUCUCCAUGAUCAGUCUGAGGACCAAGGGGUACCUUGGGAUGACAAAUCCGAGCUGACAGAGAAGAAAUCUGUCACAGAGGAUGUGUCUCUGUGUGGAUUGUGUCCCUCCCUCGGUCACGAUGUGCAGGAGGAAGAGAAGUCCUGGGAGGAGCAGCUGGACGCCCACCAGGAGCAGCUGGAGAAGGAGAUGCAGGAGGCCAGGAGGAUGGUGUUCCGCCUACAGUCGUUGCUGCUCCAUGGCUCCCUCCCCGAAGAGGACCAGGAUGGACCUGUGAGCUUCGGAGACAACCGCGCUAACGCUGAACAGCAGCUGGUUCUAAUCCGCAGUCGCCUGGACCAAAGCAUGGAGGAAGCCCUUGAUCUCAAGAGGGAACUCCUGAGAAACAAACAGGAGGCACGCCACCUUCAGGCCAUCAAGGAUGCUCUACAGCAGCGCCUGGCAGUGCAGGAGGAUGCUGUGCUGCAGCUAAAGCAGGAACUGCUGAGGUGCAACAUGGCCAAAGAUCAGCUGGAAGGGGAAAAUGUAGAGCUCAAACACAAGAUGAGUGAACGGAACAAAUUACUUAGUGAAUAUGAGCAGCAGCUCGGGAGGAAAGACAGAAUGCUGCAGCAACAGCAGCAAAAGCUCGAUGAAGCUCAACAUAAAGUACAUGAAGUUAACCUUGGACGGUCAUUCAGGAGUGAAAGCGGUGGUUACAGUAACUCUGUGGCUUCGACACCUCCUGCAGUAUUCCAACACAGUGCACCAGGGGAAGAGCUGCAGCUGGUCAGGGAGGCGCUGCGUAGUUUGAGGGACAGCUUUUCUGGCCAUGACCCCCAACAUCACACCCUGGACACCUUGGAGCAGGGUGUGGGCAGCCUAAUGGACAGAUUACAUACUAUGGACAGCCAGCGCAGGCAGGAGAGAGGGGAGGAAUUUAAAUCACCAGGACGCAGAGCCACAUCGUCGGAGCGUGACUCCUGGCCGCAGAGCUCAAAAAUGGCGCACUCACACAGCAGCCCGGGACUGGACACCACCAUCUCUACUAAAGUGCUCUACUUCACCGACCGCUCGCUCACUCCGUUUCUGAUUAACAUCCCAAAAAGGCUGGGUGAAGUGACACUGCGAGACUUCAAGGCCGCUGUGGACAGACAAGGCAAUUUCAGAUACCACUUCAAGGCCCUCGACCCAGAGUUUGGCACAGUGAAAGAGGAGGUGUUCCAGGACGGAGCAGUCGUGCCUGGCUGGGAAGGGAAGAUUGUAGCGUGGGUGGAGGAGGACCACGGAGAGAGGAGGUAGAGCCCAACAGCCACAGAACGCCACUACAAACCUCAGUUGUUACCACUGGACCAGGAUUUCACUGAAAAAUAUUUGUGAUGCCAUAAUAGAGAAAAGUAUUAAUACAAUUAACUGGGACCAAUGGGUAUAACACCAUUUCAAAACAAAACAAUGUUUUAAAAGUGAAUGUUUCAUAUGAAGAAUUUGACUUGGGUACCACUUUUUUUAUUUUUUGAAGGUAUGGAUAUUAGACAUUGUUUGCAGAUCUUACAUUAAUAUGUGAGACGACCAAUUAAUGGUGAGUAAUGUGAUACUUGAAACUGAAAUAUGAAAGAAAGUUUAUGUGAUUUACAAGAAAUAACACAUAAUGAGCUGUGCUCUAAAAAGCUGUAAUCAGUGCAUAGUAUGCAAACCUUAAAUUAAAAGUGUUUACUGACAUUUUUCACAUGUUCCAGAUUGCCAAAUAGUGAUGUUGAUGUUCUCCAUCAAUUCUGAUGUUUUAAUAAACAUGAAUUAUUGCAGCAUG